CCGUCGCGCACUCGGAAGUGAUGGGAAGUUUUCGGUCUGGUGACUGGUGAUCUCACGGUUCUUUCCAUUAUGACGGAAAAUGAAGUGGUUCCAUUGAAUGACAACGAAUCCAAGUCUUGCUGGGGAGGUAGAAAUAGAACUGAACCGAGCACCCUACGAAACCCCACAUCCAAGCCUUCACGAUGCAAAACUCAAUGUCACAAGCAUACGCGGCACCUCCCUCGAUCCCCAACACAUCGACAGAAAAGCCCCAUUAUGAUGCCCCUACUGCUGCUACUGCGGGCACAACAUACCCUCAAGCCGAUCCCACAACUGUUACUACCGCCGCCGCCGGCACAACACCAGCUACCAACCGCCCGACUACAGCAAGCACCUAUGGCAACGAAAAGUCGGUAGCCAACACCCCCGCCGUCACUAAGACACGCUUCGGCGCUUCCGACAUCAUCCUCUUCAUUCUUGCCAUCUUCAUCCCGCCCCUGGCUGUCUUCUUGGACCGCGGCUUCAAGGUUGACUUUUGGAUCAACAUCCUCCUAACCAUCCUGGCCUGGUUCCCUGGCGUCAUCCACGCCUGGUAUGUGCUCUUCAGGCAUCCCACCGGCAGGGACUAGAGGUCCAAUCCGGAGAAAAAGUCAGUAAAGCACUCGCAGACACGCUUGGCUGCCCGGCAUCCAGUUGAGCCUUGGAGAGUCGGGCGUCUACGUCCUUGAGUUAAUUGAGCAUCACAAAAUCGGGGGAGAUGGAGGAAUAUGGUGCAUAAUUGGAUAUUGCAAGAGCAUGGCAGAGUUACACGAUACCCCUACGUUGUAUUUUUCAUCAUUGCCGGUUUGGUAUUUGAACAAGAAUACAGCCUUAUCCUACGCAAACAAACUCGCCAAACCUGAUUGUCUGUCCGCGUUGCCGUUUCCCACUUUCAUUGCAGUUCCCUCGUCGCCGCCAACUCCCUUCUAGUGCCUUUAUGGUCCGACAUGAGAAAUGCCCAGGUAUCUUGUCCUUGUGGUACCAUCCUGGGGAUUAUCUUCUAUGAGAAUCAACCGUCUCAUAUAUACCC